AUGUCUGACGAAAUAAAAGCGGAAGUUAGAGAAGCUGCCGAUGCUAGCCAAGAACAGACCCCGGAAACAUCUACUCCUGUUGAAGUAGGUGCGGAAGGUGUUGAGGAAACAGAUGCUGCCGGUGCUGGUGAGCAGGAUGGGAAAAAGAAGAAAAAGAAGAAGAAGAAGAAGGCUAACAACAUGAAGAACAUUGCGUUGAUAUACCCUGAUGAGAAGUACCCUGAGGGAGAAUGGAUGGAGUAUCACCAAGAUUUCAACUUGAACCGAGUGACGGAUGAAGAAAAGCGUUAUAACGAGAGAAACGAGGAGUACGAACAAAGGGUCAACGACAUGCGUAAGGCCGCCGAGAUUCACCGUCGUGUGAGAAGAAACGCAAGAAACAAGAUCAAGCCUGGCAUGACUUUAACCGAGAUCGUCAACAUUGUUGAAGAUGCUACGAGAAAAUUCACAGGUACAGACCCUAAUGGGGAUCACGUGGACCAGCCCAAGAGCCAAGGUGUAGCCUUCCCAACCGGUGUGUCUUUGAACCAUUGCGCUGCGCAUUUUACUCCAAAUGCGGGAGAUAAGACCGUGUUGAAGUACGAAGAUGUUAUGAAGCUAGACUUUGGUGUCCACGUGAACGGGUACAUCAUCGACUCUGCAUUCACAGUCACGUUCGACCCACAAUACGACAACUUGCUUGCUGCUGUGAAGGACGCUACGAACACUGGUAUCAAGGAAGCCGGUAUCGACGUCAGACUAACGGACAUUGGUGAAGCCAUCCAGGAAGUCAUGGAGUCCUACGAGGUCGAAAUUAACGGCAAAACGUACCAAGUGAAGCCUUGCCGGAACUUGUGCGGUCACAACAUUGCGCCAUACCGUAUCCACGGUGGGAAGUCCGUCCCCAUCGUCAAGAAUGGUGACACUACUAAGAUGGAGGAAAACGAGCACUUUGCUAUCGAGACAUUCGGUAGCACGGGUCGUGGCUACGUCGUGCAAGAGGGCGAAUGUUCGCACUACGCCAAGAAACAGGGCGCCCACUCAACUCCAUCGCUCUCCAGUGCAAAACACCUCCUAAAAGUCAUUGAUGAUAACUUCGGAACCAUACCUUUCUGUCGUCGUUACUUGGACAGAUUAGGAGAAGACAAACACCUCUACGCAUUGAACAGUUUGGUCAAACAAGGUAUAGUCCAAGACUACCCUCCAUUAAACGAUAUCAAGGGCUCCUACACCGCUCAAUUCGAACACACACUAAUCCUACAUCCUCAUAAGAAGGAAGUCGUGUCACGUGGAGACGACUACUGA